AUGUUGGAAGGUCUUGUCUCUCCAGAAAGCUUGUCCUUUAGCUACGCGGACAUGUCUGUACCUGAAAGGCUUAAAUGGCUGCAACAGCAUCAACAACAAGAAGUUUUGUCUCUGAGCAGUAAUGAUUCACCCGAACUUCUUCAGAUACUUCAAUUCCACGGAAGCAACAAUGAUGAGUUGUUGCAGAGUACCUUCAGUCAUUUUCAAAUGGUUGGAUCUGGUUUUGGAACAAACUAUAACAUGGGUUUUGGUCAUUCACAUGAAGCUAUGGAUGGCUGCAUUUCAAGAACAAGUAGUUGCCAGAUACAUCCACCGGAUGCAAUGGGGGUUAUGUUGAAGAACAGUGAAGAAAACAGAGCUAUUUCCUUGAAAAACAAGAGAAAAUCAGAGGACAAGACAAGGGAAGAGGAAAAGACAGAGAAGAAGAUCAAAGUAGAGGCUGAGAGAGAGUCAAACAUAAGUAACAAGGAAGCAUCUUCAGACACUUCAAAGGAGACAUCAAAGGGAGCUUCACAGAUCCAGAAAUUGGAUUAUAUCCACGUGAGAGCUCGUCGAGGGCAAGCCACAGACAGACACAGUUUAGCAGAAAGGGCAAGAAGAGAAAAGAUAAGCAAGAAGAUGAAAUAUCUGCAAGAUCUUGUCCCUGGAUGCAACACAGUCACUGGAAAAGCUGGUGUGCUUGAUGAGAUCAUCAAUUAUGUUCAGUCUCUACAGAGACAAGUUGAGUUCUUGUCGAUGAAACUUGCUGUCAUAAACCCAGAACUCGAGUUUGCUGUGGAAGAUUUAUCUGUAAAGCAGGCUUACUUUACAAAUUUUCCAGUAGUAAUUGCUUCAAAACCAUCAGUAAUGGUUGAUGUACCAUUGUUUCCACUAGACCAGCAAGGAUCUCUAAAUCUAUCAGUGUCAAACCCAAACCAAACAUCUAUUGACGCUCCAUCUGAAAGCUGGGAAACUCAGUCACAGAAUCUCUUUGCUUCAGUACUAAGAUAAGAUCUAUUGAAGCAACGAACUUGACAUCACCAAAAUCAGAACAAUAUAUUUCCACUAGGCACUAUAUAUGCUGCUAAAAGUGACAAUUUCGCGAAGAACACAAAUUCAACUUCUGCAUUGUCCUUUGAUCCCUUUUCUGUUAUUUAAACCAAAGAAAAUGAGAUAUCAAAUUUAAUGGUUUUGUAACCACUACUCUUUGUAUAAAUUUUGUUUUAAUUUGUAAAAUAAUAUAGAGAGAGAAAGAGAGUAAAUAAAUACUAAGUUUUAAAAGUUUUUAUAGGGGCGUGAUAUGUAUCAUGUCUGAAAGAAAAAACAAGUCUACAAUUCCUUGUUGGAUAUAUUAAUAUCGAAGCAAGUUAUCCAAAAUUCAUACGUUACUAUAACUAUAAACUUAGCUAUAAUGAUUUGAUUUUUAAAUAAAAAAAUGUUAGCUGGUAUUAAAUACUUUGGAAUUUUGAUUUACAUUUUUAUGUUAUAAAAAUAAUUAUAUAUGUGUUUUUAGUUUUAAUCAUUUUUUCAUAUAUGACCCGGACCCGUGAUUGAACUAGUAACCUGGUGAGCGGUAUAUUAUCCGGUUUAAAUUUAAUAAAAUCCCUAAUUAAAAACUUGAUAAACUCCAAUAAAAAUCUAAAAUCCACCAUUAUUCUGUGACUCGAUGCUGAUUGACCCAUUAAAAGACCCAAAAAAAAACUGACAAAUAUAAAAUCUAUAUAUUGUAACAUAUAAAGUUUUAUUAACAUGUGUGAAGAAA